GUUGGUUUGAAAGAUGUAGUCGACCGGAAGUCGUACCUGUUGUGGGACGGUCCUCCGUUAGCUUGACGAUCGUGUCCUGCUUCCAGCCAGUGUAAAAACACAGCUUGCAAUCGGGAUCGAUGGAGACAACAGGAGUUUGUGAGAUUGAUGUGGCGACCCGGAGAAUCGUUGGAGGUAGUGACUCUCCACCCGACCUGGACAGCCCAUGUCAGGAGGAGGUCGCAGAGUUUGGUUUGGGGCUCUGCUGUGGCGAGGAGGAGAGGGGGGAGACUCCAGGCAGAGAGGACAGUCCCAGCGACCUGGGGGAGGCGGAGCUCGACCUCAAGGCCGGAGACGACAAAGCGUUCGGGAGAGAGGUCGUUCUUUUGAUGCAGGCUCUGAACUCCCUGACCACUCCUGAGGAGAAACUGGCUGCCUUGUGCAAGAAAUAUGCAGACUUGUUGGAGGAGAGCCGCUGUAUGCAGAAGCGUCUUAAAGCGCUGCAGAAGAAACAGUCUCAGAUAGUGAAGGAGAAGAUCCACCUGCAGGGGGAGCACAGCAAGGCCAUCCUGGCCCGCAGCAAGCUGGAGAGCCUCUGUAGGGAGCUGCAGAGACACAACAAGACUCUGAAGGAGGAAAACGGCCAGCGGUCCAGGGAGUACGAGGAGCAGCGGAAGGAGGCCAUGCUGCACUUCCAGAUGACCCUGAGUGACAUUGAGGUGCAGAUGGAGCAGCACAGCUCCCACAACGCCAAGCUGAGGCAGGAGAACAUGGAGCUGGCUGAGAAGCUUAAGAAGCUCAUCGAGCAGUACGAGCUGCGGGAGGAGCACAUAGACAAGGUGUUCAAGCACAAGGAGCUCCAGCAGCAGCUGAUGGACGCCAAGCUGCAGAGGAUCACCGAGAUGAUGAGAGAGGUGGAGGAGAAGCAGCAGCGGGAGCGGGACUUUCUGCUGAAGGACGCCACGGAGUCCAGGCGCAAGUGUGAGCUGAUGAAGGAGCAGGAGACGCAGCUCAAGCAGCAGCUCUCCUUGUACAUGGACAAGUUCGAGGAGUUUCAGAGCACCCUGGCGAAAAGCAACGAGGUCUUCACCACCUUCAGACAAGAGAUGGAGAAGAUGACCAAGAAGAUCAAGAAGCUGGAGAAGGAAACGACGCAGUGGAGGACCAAAUGGGAGAGUAACAACCAGGCGCUGCUGCAAAUGGCCGAGGAGAAAACUCUGCGCGACGGCCACUUCAAGGCCCUGCAGGGGAAGCUGGAGCUGCUGGAGCGGCUGUGCAGAGCCCUGCAGAAGGAGAGGAACGACCUCAACAACCAGCUCAGCCUCCUCCAGGAGCCGGGGGACGACGAGAGGGCUGAGGAGGAGGCAACGGGCUCGGCGCAGGAGGGCGUGCACCAGGCUCUGAGACCGCCGGAACUGGACCCCACGCCGGCUGCUACCGAGGAAACCACUGAUGCUGCUGCUGCGACCACGGCGACAACCGGCGAGCCCGCGGAAACCCCCCAGCUGGACUGAGCGAGGCCCACGUGGCCCGUGUAGGUGAGACCGGGGCGGUGGGAUGGCUCCACACACACAACUCCAGAAUCAUGUUCAAUUGGGAUGGAGGUCUUUCUUUUUUUAUUCUAGACUGGCCUCUCCAGUUUUCCAGCAUCAAAACUGAGCCCGUAAAAUGUUUGUGUGCGAUGGUCCAAGAGAAAUAAAAUGAUUGUAUCAAAGAUUGUGUUUUGAGAUUCACCCCCCCCCCCCCCACCCUUCUUUACUCUGGAUGUAAUGGCGAACACUCGGUACUUCCUGUUUUGUACCAUAACCGUACUUCCAUAGGAACUCUCCGCUGAGGCUGCUCAGUUUGGCCUCUUUAAUCAGUCUCACAUUAGAAGUUCCACUUUUGGUUUAAAUAUAUCAUGCAUAUUGUCAAAGUCCCUUUAUAUAUAGUGUUAGGGUGGGAGAGAUCAUGCAAUGCGAAUAGAGCAAAGUCAUAUGUUGGCCACAGGGUAUUACAUAUUUUUGUUACCUUUUAAGCUUGUUUGGUUUUCCUUCAAUGCAAAACGGACCCUCAGUAGUCUAAUCAACAUGCUAAUCGCUAGUUAGCAAGCUGUUCACUUCAUCUGAAAAUAAUGCAAUGUGUUUCUGGUCGUUAGAAGUCUGACAACUCGAAGAGUUAAAAUCCUGAGGAAGACCAGUGUUAACUUAAGGCCCAUUUCACCCCAAAAUAAAAAAGGGCUUUAUGUUCACGAGGUUGUGGCAAUUGAAGAUGGUUACUUCUGUCUACCACAUGUGACAAAGCACUUAACAGACUGGCCAUUAGCUCCUCCCCUUUUGUAGUUCAGGCUUAUGCUCAGAGAACUUCCUUCUGCAUUUGGAGUGUGUUUAUUUGUACGAGGAGAUCAGCACCUUUUGGUGAUAUGAGCGCAGACAGGCAGGUGUAGUAUUCUAAGCAGCCACUUUCUUUUGGCGUUGCCCCAGAUUGACUCUCAGGUAAUGUCAGAAAAUCUACCUCUGCAGGUGAGACUAACUGUGAAACAAGGCGUGAGUCACCACCGCUUCAGAGAGCUCUAUUUUUACUAAAGAAACACAACGCCACCCCCGCCCCCCCGAUUGUAAAAUGUUCAUACGGUCCUGUCUUGCUUUUGAAUAAACAUUUUGUAGAAUUUG